UAGAUAGGAGGCUUUAAUGAAGCUGCGCCCCUGGGGACAGCAGGCUGAAGUCGAGGGCUGCUGCUGCUGCUGCUGCUGUGGCUGCUUCCCGAUCUCUUGUCAUUUCUUCACUUGCUCCUUCGCCUCCUUGCUGCUGCUUUUGUGUGCGCGCGCCUCUGUGUCUCGCCAAUGGGCCUAAGGAAAGCCGACGGGGAACUGUCCAAGGUGCUAGAAUGCUGGCUGCUUGGCUGCUGAAAGCAAGCGGAUUGCAGAAAAAGAGGAGCCCCAGAUUACUGCUCAUAGCCGAAGGUAGGCUGCUCUUUGUUUGAGAAUCCCUGAUUAAUCAGCAACAGCAUCAACAGAGAGGGAGGGAGAGAAAGAGAGAGAAAGAGAGAGGCAGCGGCAGCCUGCUGUAGGCACAGAGAGGGAGUGAGAGAGAGACCGUUUCAACCUUCGGUGUAGAGGUGGCAAUGAAAGAAAGGGAAAGAGAGAGAGAGAGACUGGAAGCAUCUUAAUCUUUUUUGUUGCAAGAGGCCAUUUGAAUAGGAUGUUUUCUAUCCCUGCUUUUUCUUUCUUUGGGUCUCCACAGUAUCCACUCCAAUGAGGCACCUUAGCCACCUCUCUCUCAUUGCAUACGUUGGUGCCGUGUUCUUCUGUGUGGUGAAGUGGGCAAACCAGCCCUCCCAUUUCUUUGCCCUUGGACUUCAAAGCAGAGUGCCAUUGGUGCCCCCUUGAUACCUUCACCCGUGUUCUUUCCAUGUGGAUUGAAGAUGCCAGAUCUCGUCUUUCCCACCACCCUUGCAUUUUGACACACAAACUUUAAAAGGUUAUUUUUAAUCCUGUGCGGAGAAGAUUUCUCUUUCUGAGUGCAACAUACUGACUUCAAGAGAUGCAGAAUACUACAGACUGGAUAUCUUUGCCAAGAAGAUCUCAAGCACUUUAAUUGAAGAAAGGAAGGGGGGGGGGGAAAUAACAUUGAGCUGAUCUGCAAACCUGUCUAUAUGGUGCUGAAAUAUCCCUUCCAACUGCACUGAGAUAAACCACAGGAAAGGGCUUUUACAGGCAAAAGUCUCCUUUAAUUAUUGCACUUAGCAGUCUCUUGAGGACUUUAAUCUUGGAAGUAUUUUCCUCUGUUUAUUAUCUCCUACAAGAUGAUGAGUUCUAAUCAGGAGGAGGUCACUUUGGGCACUUUUCUCCAGUAUAUUGAAGAUAUGGGCAUGAAGGCCUAUGAUGGCUUGGUUAUACAGAAUGCCUCUGACAUAGCUCGAGAGAACGAUCGCAUGAGGAAUGAAACGAACCUGGCUUACUUGAAAGAAAAGAAUGAAAAGCGCCGGAAACAAGAAGAAGCAAUAAAACGCUUAGGUGGCGAAGUGGUGAGAGGAAAUGAAGGAAACUAUGUGGGCAAACAUUUCCGUAUGGGGUUUAUGACGAUGCCUGCGCCUCAGGACCGCCUGCCGCAUCCCUGCUCUAGUGGUUUUACGGUCAGAUCCCAGUCACUUCAUUCUGUCGGAGGUACUGAUGAUGAAAGCGGUAGUUGUUCUCGGAAGCAGCCACCGCCAAAACCGAAACGAGACCCCAAUACCAAACUAAGCACAUCCUCCGAAACUGUAAAUGCUGGAACAAGUAAGAGCGGGAAGCUUACAGACAGGACUGAAGUAUCUGCUAAGCCAAGGCCUCACAGUGAUGAAUACACAAAGAAGGUUCCUCCUCCUAAGCCAAAACGGAAUCCAAACACUCAGCUGAGUGCAUCUUUUGAUGAGACAUACAUCAAAAAGCAUGGCCCCUUGAAGUCAACGCUAAGUAGGGAUUCCUCCUUAUCACAUGUCAGCAGUCCUGCUCCAGAUACAGAGGAAGAAGAACCAGUUUAUAUUGAAAUGGUUGGAAAUAUACUUAGAGACUUCAAAAAAGAAGAAGAGGACCAAAGUGAGGCAGUCUAUGAGGAAAUGAAAUACCCCAUCUUUGAUGAUGGUGGCCAAGAUUCGAAGUUUCCAUGUGAGUAUGACCAUCACAGCUGUUCCUCUCAGUGUGCUACUCCCACAGUGCCUGACCUUGAUUUCACCAAGUCCUCAAUACCAUCCACUCCCAAGGGUGUGCUUUGUGAUAUCCCCCCACCAUUUCCAAAUUUGCUUUCUCAUAGACCUCCACUCCUGGUAUUCCCACCUGCACCAGUGCAAUGCUCCCCCAAUUCUGACGAAUCUCCUCUAACACCACUAGAAGUCACCAAGCUUCCUGUGUUAGAAAAUGUGUCUUAUAUCAAACAACAAGCUGGGGCCUCUCCAUCUGCACUGCCACCUCAUACUCCAAGUCAUCAAAAACUGGAGAAAGACCAGACAGCAUCCCAUGGUACUACUACUCCAGGGCACUCCUCUUCACCUCCUCAUCCUUCUACCUUAUACAGAACACAGUCUCCACAUGGCUAUCCUAAAAGCCACUCUGCCUCUCCUUCUCCUGUGAGUAUGGGUCGGUCACUUACCCCCUUAAGUCUCAAAAGACCUCCUCCUUAUGAUUCUGUACAUUCAGGAAGUCUCUCAAGAAGUUCUCCAACAGUGCCUCAUUCUACAGCCAGAAACAUAUUGCAAGAAGGAGGGAAAAUGGUAAAUGCCUCUGUCAAUACCUACGGGUCAUCAUCGCAGAGUAGUUCACGUUCUAGAACGCCUACCAGUCCUCUAGAGGAAUUAACCAGCCUUUUUACCUCAGGACGAAGUUUACUGAGGAAGUCCUCCAGUGGAAGAAGAUCUAAAGAGCCUGCAGAGAAACCAUUAGAUGAACUGAAGAUCAGGAGCCACAGCACUGAACCACUACCAAAGCUGGAAAACAAAGAAAGAGGAGGUCAUCAUGGGCCAUCUUCGUCCAGAGAGCCAAUAAAAGCUCAGGAAUGGGAUGGGACACCAGGACCCCCACUUGUGUCUAGUAGACUUGGAAGGUCUUCUGUUAGUCCAACUAUGUUGGCAGGAAAUAAUAGCUCGGUGCUACUCCUGUGCUGGUCCCAGAACACCAGAGACAAAAUAGAACAGAGAGCAAGUUGCCGAUUAGGGCGAUCUGCAUCCACAUCCGGUGUGCCUCCUCCUUCUGUUACUCCUCUCAGGCAAGCCAGUGAUCUGCAACCGAGCCAGAACCAACCCCACAGCACACCCAAUAGGAGAGGAAAGAAACCCACAAGAACAAGGAGAGAACAACCACUUCCACAGCCUAGUAGUGCGCACAAUUACAGUAAAGUGGCAUGUAUGCAGUGGUUACAUGGAGACCAUACAAUGCUGGAAAUGAUUGAGAAAAAACGUUGUCUGUGCAAGGAAAUCAAGGCACGGCAGAAAUCAGAGAAAGGACUGUGCAAACAGGACAGCAUGCCUAUCCUACCAAGUUGGAAGAAGAACACAGGGACCAAGAAGUACAGUCCUCCUCCAUAUUCCAAGCAACAAACUGUUUUCUGGGAUACGGCAAUAUGACAUUAUGAUAUGAACAUGGUCUGUGUGUUUGUGUGUGUGUGUGUGCGCACAUCUGUGUGUAUGUGCAUAUAUGUGUGUGUGUGUAUCUUUCACGCAUCGCUGAAAAGUGCGCCUAGCUUCAGGUGAAGAACUACCUAUGAUUAAAGCUUGCAAAAGUGGCGUCCACCUAUCAGUCAAAAGAAAAAUCGAUGUCUCCUACCAGAUGAAGGCAUGCACAUAUUUUUCAAGGAUUCUUUUGGCUCCCGAUAAGUAGUAAGAUGUAAAUAUUUUGCCAAAUUCUUUUUUUAAAAACUGAGUUAAUAUGCUCUUUAAAAUACAAUGCAAACAUGUACGAAGAAUUUUACUCAUGUAUUGUUUUGACUGUUUUAGAUGUGUUACCUUUACCUUUUUAAAAAAAGUUAUCUCACCUGCCUAAAUUUUUAGUAUUUUUACAAAGGCAUGUGGUUGUACAUUUUUGGUUUAACAGUAUGUUGUCUGAAUCAAACUGGUGCUAGGGCUGUAGAACUGAAAUAAACACUCAUAGGAUUUGUUAGAAACGUCCUGCAAACUGUUUUCGGCAGGGGGUGGACAGAGCUGUGGACAAUGGAGGGGGGGAAACAGUAUUCACUUGGGUGUCCAAUUUACAUUAGCACAGCAUAAUUCUACAUGUAUUUAAAAGUAUACUUGCUACUAUAUAACUGCAUUAAUAGUCCAUUAAAAUCGGUGCAGUCUACCAAACACAGGUAUGGUGCAACCUUCUGUAUCAGCCUCAUUCAAAAAAAGCUAGAGAUUGCCUAGUACUGUUUUAACGGAUUUUACUCUGGGGCCCUGGUCCAAAGGCCCCUAAUCAUAGUAUGUAUGCAAUAGUAUUUUGUGCCAAACAGCACUCAACAUCCCAUAACUGGGUUUGUGGCAGAAAGAAAAUACUUGGCAGAACUAACUUCCAUUAAGUGGUGCAGUUAAGCUGCAUCUAAGGACUCAAACCAAAUGUUAGCCCUAACAGGACUAGACCACUGAAUCAAUGAGAAUGUGGCAGGUCAACACCUAGUUAAGAUCCAUUAAUUCAGUUCAUCAGCUCUGUUUGGCACCAACAAUGAGCUUUUGGUCAAGGGGUAGAGGAAUAUCGCAUGGUGACAUGUAUUUCUAGAGAUGAAUGCAUUUAAAGUCAACCAGCAAAACUCUGCAUAUUUCAAAGCAAUGCAAAGGGAUCCUACACAUAGAUAAAGGCUUCUCCAUAGGACUACCCUUCUGACUUUGGGUGAAUGUUUUGACUAAGGCUGAGAACACAAGGUAGACUAAACAAGUAAAUUAAAUUUGCUGUGGAAAGUUUUAUCUUCAAUUGAGAAUUCUUCUUUCUUCUGUUUAGAUGAUUUGUGGAGACCAGGGUUCACUGUGACUAAGGACUGUACACAUCACAUGUUUCCUUUGUUCUCUAUUCAUUUAGCAGGUGGUAGAGGUGGUAGAGCAGCCAUAAUUCCCAUCCUCAUUUGUCUUCAGUCCCUGAAAGUAAAGGUAACCACAAUCUGUUCACAAUAUUCACAUAACUUUUAUUAUAUAUUGUAUUCUGUGUCCAGUAGAAUGAAUUAGUGUUAAGUCUCACUAAAGUCAAUAGGAAAGGUUGACUUCAUCUUGGAACGUCUGACCCUUUGGAUUGGGUCUGUAGAGCACAUUUCUCUCAAGGAACCAUUUUCGUAUUCCUGGUUGAUCCUGUAAUUGGGACAUAGUCCUCUGUGACAUCACACCCAUCCUAUAGAUUAUAAUGUCAUGACCAAAGAAUUAUGACCUCUUGGUUUUAACAGGAGAAAGAGAUGGUUUAUAUGCUGUACAUGAGGGUGAGAUCUGUGCAUUAAAGUAUCUUCCAGAAGGCACUGUGUAGGAUAAGAUUUUUAAAAAUCCAUAUUGCCGUAGAGUUGAUGUGAUCACAUAUAUUUUAUAUAUUUAAAUUUUUAUCUAUGCUUCUGAAAGUUUGGCAGCAUGAAAAGGUUCCUCCUUUAACAAUCAUUUGAAGAAUAUUAUAUUCUCUGAGAAGAAGAUUAAAAUGUGUCAUUUAAAUUUAUUGUCAUAUUGGCUUUUUUUUCUUUUAAAAUGAUAUUGACAGCAAUGCCACAUGUGUAGUAGCUGAUCAGUAAGACCAAAAAUAAAACAAAAUUUUAGUAGGUUAUUUUGUAAUCUAUAUUGCUAAAAUCGAUUAUUACUUUAUCAAUAGUAGUUUCUUUCCAGACUGAAAUGAAAAAAAAAAUAAAGUUUUUAAAUAUUUUAUAACUGAUGUAUAUUUUGAUGUCCAAACUGAUGAUUUCUGUAUCAGAUUUUAAAAAAGGUGGGGCUUUAUAAGUGUGUAUAGUAGUUAUUUAAGCAGCAUUAUUUAUGUUUUAUCAAUAGUGUGAAGACACAGACUCUUGUCUAUGUUCAUAUUGCCACAAAUGGACAUAUGCAACAGCUGAAAUGGGUAUGUGGUUUAGUUGUGUAAGAAAAGAAAUUACACACUCAUUGGGAGGAAUUCUUUGAUUCUGAAAAGGAAAUGUCAUAUGCAAAAGAAAACACCAUUAUAUCAUUUUAAUAAAGAAAAUGUUAAAAUAGAUAUUUGGAAAAUUUGUAUUCUAUUUUAUUUUAUUUUAUUUUUUU